UAGCGGCCACGGUCAGUGGAGGGUAACCUUUCCCAGUCUGGGUGAUGUCUGGGUCUGGACCCUCCUCUCUCUGACCGUUGUCAGUCAUUGUCACCAGCUCCCUCCCUCCCCCACGGAUCAGUAACAGGAGGAGAGAGGAGGCGGGCUCCAACGCACAUCCUCUAACAUACACACAAGCAGCCUGCCGCUCAGCACAGAGAUCCGCGGGGCAGUAACGGGGGAUAUACCACAGUAUGUUCGGAUGAGGAUAGUCCGUGUUCCACACGGAGCUCCAUGGUCGUGAUGUAGGCUGUGUGCUCGGUGUGGGCACUGACAGGCUGCUGGACCCUCGAGAGCCCUUUGCUCCUUGCUUUUUGCAAAACAGAACGGUCUCGGGAAGCUCCAGCAACACAAGGUCCAAUGUUUUUUGCCCCUGAAACUGCACUAGACCCCAGAGCCAGGGCAUGGAUAUAUCUGAACUGGAGUUUGUUCAGAUAAUAAUAAUCCUCCUGGUGAUGACCCUCAUGAUAGUUGUGAUCAUCUGCCUACUCAACCACUAUUGGCUGCCAGCCCUGGCCUUCCUCAGCAGGCUCAGCCACACCCAGAGAGACCAGACCACACAACUGGAUGGCAGUGUGUGGUCAGACAGUGUGCUGACUCAGCAGAGAAAUACUGAGGUUAUGCCUGGUCGUCUUAACAGCAACAUGCCACACUUCAUGCAGCAGCAGCAACUGUGUCGCUUCCAGCCCACCUACCCUUACCUACAGCAAGAAAUCAUCAACCUCCCCCCCCUCAUCUGCCUGUCAGACGGGGAGGAGCUGCUGCCCUAUAAGGGUCCCUGCAGCUUACAGCUCCGCCACCCAGAGCAGCAGCUGGAGCUGAGUCGAGCUGCUGUGCGUGCUCCGCCGAAUCGGACUGUCUUUGAUAGUGACCUCAUAGAUAUUUACUCGCACAGCAAGAGCCCUCAGGCUCCCAGCAGUAACACUGGAACCAACAAUGCCAGUGCCACAACAGAGGGUCCCCCACCCUCAUACAGUGAGGUGAUGGGAGGCUACCCAAGUUCCACACCCUGCUACAGCCAGUACAACAAUAAUGCGCCACCCACAGACAACAGGUUAGGAUGUGACAGUUCACAGAUGCUGUUUCAUGCUGGCAGCAGUGGUCCUGAGAGCACAGCAAAGACUUCCACUGACUUAAACAGCUGACAGAAGAAAACAGCAUGAGAGAAGAAAUAAGGGAACUGAAUUGUACUAACCAGUCCCUAUUCUCCAUGUUUCCUCAGUCACCCGAGGGGAGCACAUUCUGUCUACCUUAGCUGUACACCCUCACUAAACAUGAACUAACUCUAGGAGCUCAAUUGUUUUUUAUUUCAUAUUAAAGCUGAAAGAUUUUUUUAUUAGGUAUUAAAAUCUCUGCUUUGGUUGUCUAUUUUUGUACGCUUUACACUUCUGUAUGCUGACACUGUGGAUAUUCUGAUUCUGUUGCAAAGAAGAUUUUGUUUUGAUGUACCAGGCUUAUGGACAAACUCCUCUCAAAUCCAGAAAUUAGUGCAGUGAUUCACACUGUCAUUAGUCACUGGGACCUACUGUAGUAUGUAAUGUAAGCAAAUCUGAAGUUGCACUAACCUGGUUAAAAGCAGAGAAUUCCUGUAUUUUUUUGUUUUGGAGUAAAGGAGCUUCUAAGGUAGGAAUAGUAUUUGUUUUGUUGUCUGUGACAGAACUCUGCUCCAGUCUGAAGGAUUCACAUAUUACAGGUUUAUUUUUUAUUUUUGUUUGACAUUGCUAAGAAAAUGGUCCAUCCAGCCAUUAUUUUAGAUGUCAACACCUCAAGCACUCUGAACUUCUGAUCCAGCAAAAGACAGAAUUAUGGGAAAGUUAAUGUUCCUCUUUAAUUCAUGCAUAACAACGCUUUCUCUGUGCCAUUUCUUUUCCACAGCAUUUCUUUAGUUUAUGCUUAUACUGAACCUCAGAACCUCAGUUUACAGCUAAAUCUAAAUGGUUGACAUUAAAUGGUUAGCCAGCAAAGGUUGAAAUCAAUUUUAGAGAGUGGACUAAAACUAGAGCUUCAACAAUAAACAAUGAACAGUUAUUGAUCCAUUCAUUUAUUUUUGCACUUAUUAGUCUGUUAGAGUCCAAAACCAAAGGCUAUUGAGUGUAUAAUGACAUAAAGCAAGCAAAUGAUUGGCAUUUUGCAUGAUAAAUGAGUUAAAUAAUUGUCAAAAUUAACUAAUGACUUUUCAGCACAACUGUUGUUAGUUUACCAGCACUUUGAGGUUUCUGUAAAGUUCUGCACAUGAAUAAUUUUUGUUAUGAUACAGUUUGUACUUCUGGCCACAUCUAAAAUUUGCCAUUGUGCAGUUGUAAUACUACACUGUAAGGCACUUCAAGAUUUAGGUUGAGCUUCAUAAGUAGAAAGGAUUUUAAUUUUAGAGGUUCAGUAUUAGCAGAACUGAUCUCACAUCAGACCCUCCAGCUGCAAACUGAAGCUUAUCAAAUACAGGAUAAGCUUCUCCUACAUGACAUAAACACAAUUAAAAACUGGCACUACAUUAACAUUCAUCAGAAAUAUUUUUUAUAUUAGGUAGAGGGAGAUGAGUUGAACAGCUAUUUCAGCUCGUAAAGUUAAUAACUGGUAUUUCGGUUUUGGGUAAUUGAAAAUUACAAUUGAGCACUGUCUGGUCCACAGCAGUGAUGACAUCAUCAUCACUUUCAAAAUGGUGACCACUGAGCGCCACCUCCAUCUGAGGUAGGGUUCAAACCAGGUGAACAGGACGGGUGUUGGACGUGUUCAAAUUCACAUUUGGCAGAUGACUGCACCAAGGUUGUUGUCCAUUUUCUCAGAGCUGACCUGAAACAGAAAUUCAGCUUCAGACAUUCUACAUAAACACUCCAAGAGUUGAAAUGCAUAUACAUGAAACAAGAGCUGUUUAACUCAUCGCCUUCUACUUUAGGCCAAGAACUUAUCAAUCACCCCUCAUAAUAUUGUGGAGCCAUGCUUAUUUGUGGUAUAUGAGUAUUUAUUUUUUAUUUAUUGAUGUUACUUAGCAAAGCCUAUAAUAACUUUGAGCAGAAUUUGAAUUUGAGCCAUGGUUCAGGAAGUUUUACUGUAACAGCCUGGGACCUGAUGCUCCAUGUCUGCUUUUUUCUGCAUGUCACAUGAAUAUGAGCUAACUUCGUGCCUGAUGGUGACAGUGCAUUGGCCACAGGAAACCACUUGCACUUAAAAAGCCCCCACCUCUGUUGUGCCUAACUUCCAAUGGUGCUUUUUCAGCAGUCUGACUCCUGUGUCUUGAUCUGUACAAUACUGUACAUAUCUUAAUAUAUUAUGCACAUGUCCUACCCAGUGGGAAAAAAAACCCACAGAGAACAUUGUUCAUACUGUAAUUCUGUAAACAUUAAAACAAAGAGGAUGCAUCAGAAAGGCAAA